AAAGAACCACUUUUGUCAUUUUUUCUCACCAAAAUACGCUAGGCAAAAGGCAAAAUUGCCCGCUACAGCCACCCUCAGUCAGUGGCACCAUAGCUGAUUUUCCACCUUCAUUCUAGCCUCGGUAUUCACAUAAUUUCCACCUUUCUUGAUCCUUAUCAAUUGCUUAUCUGCAUAUAUCUAUCUACACACAAGUUAUAGAAUGAUAAUCAGAAAUCAAAUAUCAAGAAUCUGCAUUUCUUUUCAAGAACCUUUUUUUAAUACCAAAAAUCUGUUCUUUAUCAAACACUUUUCAUCAACAACCCAUGUUACACUUUACUCAGAUAUACAAAAUUUGGACACCCAUUUGAGGUCACUUUGUGCAAAGCCUAAUCCUCAGUAUAUUAAUGCAUUUUCACAUUUUAACCAUGUAAUUGAUGAUUUAGGUCAAACCCCAUCUGAGCCAACUUGCAAUUUUCUUGUUGUAACUUUGGCAAAGAAUAAGGAGUACAAUCUUGCUUUAAGGGUGUACCAUAAAAUGAGAAAAGUUCAAGCCUUGCCCAGGUUUUUAUCAUUAGCUGCUUUGGUUGAAUGUUAUGUUUAUGUUCAUAGCCCUAAGUUAGCAAUUGGUGUAUUGGGAUUGAUGUUGAAGAAUGGUUAUAAGGUUAAUGUAUAUCUUGUUAAUGUUAUAUUGAAGGGUUUAUGUGACAAUGAUAUGGUUGUUAAUGCUAUUAAAUUUGUUUGGGGUUUGGAUAUGAAAGAGGUAACGCCCGAUAUAGUUAGUUUUAACACCCUUAUGAAAGGACUCUGUAAAGAAAAGAAAGUACAAGAGGCUUUGGAUUUGAGGUUUAGUAUGGAAAAAGUGGUGAAUUUUACCCCAAACGCGCAUUCAUAUGCCAUUUUGAUGGAGGGUCUUUGUUCGGUGGAUAGGUUGGAUGACAGUAUUUUAUUGUUGGAGGAGAUGAGAAAAAAGGGUUUGAAAGAAGAUGUUGUUGUGUAUAGUACACUUAUAAAAGGGCUUUGCAAUAAAGGAUAUGUUAGUAGAGGGAAAGAACUUUUGAAUGAGAUGUUGGAGAAAGGAAUUUCUCCAAGUGUAGUCACGUAUUCUUGUUUAAUUAACGGAUUUUGUAAGCAGGGAAAAUUGAAAGAAACUACAAUGUUAUAUGAUGAUAUGUUGGACCGUGGAAUCCAGCCUGAUGUUGUUACUUUUACAGGCAUGAUUGGUGGGCUCGGGAAUAACGGGAUGGCUAAAAAAGCAAUGGAAUUGUUCAAUUUAAUGAUACGUAGGGGUGAAGAGCCCGGAAACAUAACUUACAAUAUUCUUUUACGUGCACUGUGCAAGGAAAGAUUGUUGACCGAUGCUUUUCAAAUUUUAAAAUUGAUGAUAGAGAAAGGCAAAACACCCGACGUGAUCACCUAUAAUACGCUAGUAAAAGGACUUUGUGAAAUUGGGAAAGUGGAUGAUGCUGUGACAAUUUUUGAUUCUAUGUUGGGUGACGAGACUUAUGUUCAGCCGGAUGUUAUAACAUUGAACGUACUAAUUCGUGGGCUUUGCCAAGAUGGGAACCUUGAUAAGGCUGGAAAAAUUCAUAACAAGAUGGUUGAGAAGAAGUCUCUAGUUGAUAUUGGAACUUUUACUGUACUUAUUGGAGCUUAUAUAAAGGCAGGAGACAUUGUCAAAGCUUUUGAACUUUGGAAGCAGCUAAAUCAAUUGAAUCUUAUUCCAGAUUCAAUAACAUAUAGCACCAUAAUUGAUGGAUUUUGCAAGUUGAGUGCGCUCAAUAUUGCAAAAGGGUUGUUUCUCUGGUUUAGACAAAAGGGAUAUUAUUAUCCAACUGCUUUUGAUUACAACAGCUUGAUGGAUGCCUUAUGCAAAGAGGGUAGUUUGGAGCAAGCAAGGAAAUUGUUUCAAGAGAUGUUAGAUGGAAAUUGUGAACCAGAUGUAAUCUCGUACAAUAUUAUCAUCCGUUCUGCUCUGGAAGCGAGAAAUUUGCAGUCUGCUAAGGAGUUGCUUAUUGAUAUGUCUAAGAGGGGUUUGAAUCCCGAUGCUUUCACUUUCUCCAUAUUAAUAAACAGGUUUUCGCAGCUAGGACAGUUGAAGGAGGCGAAAAAAUUAUUUGAGAGAAUGAGUGCAUCUGGCUUGACACCGGACAUUACUGUAUAUGACUGUUUACUCAAGGGUCUUAGUUUGAAUGGUGAAACAGAAGAAAUUAUUAAGUUGCUUCACAAAAUGGCUUCUAAGGGCAUUGAACUAGACCUCGGACUUACUUCAACCGUCAUGGAAUGUCUUUGUAAUGUUUCUGAAGAUCUUAAUGUGGAGGAAUUGUUGCCAAACUUUUCGCAGAAAAACUCAAAAGAAUUUAGUAUUCCCUGUAGUGAAUUGUUGAAGAAGCUUCGCAAGAGUCUUCCCGAGCUUCAGUUAGAUUCUGCUUUGUAGUACAAAUUCACACGCUUCUGGCAGCUGAUGAGAGAGCUUUUUUUCUUUUUUUACCAUAGGAGACCGGGUGUUGGUCCUUCCGUCUGCAGUAAAGGGCAUAACGUUGAAUCCCCCAUUAUCGAUCACUGCAACCCUGCAUUGCAAGAACUCAGAUGGCCUUCUAGGGCACUCAAGUGAACUUAAAAUUCAUGAACCAUGGGUGUAAAAGUUCUACUGCUCCAGAAAAUGGAAGUUAUUCAGAGCAUGAUGCACAUGCAAUGAGGGUCAACAGAAGUUAUCCAGAGCAUGGUGCACCGGAAAUGAGGGUCAACAAAAGUUAUUCAGAGCAUGGUCCACAGGAAAUGAGGGUCAACACACAUAUCAAUCGUAACAUUCGAAGAGGGAGCAACAGUCUAACUGCUUUACCUGGUAAUUUGAUCUUAUGUCAGAUUUAUGUUUCUUAUGUUUUGUAGUACCUUAAGACCUAGAUAUCUCCUGGGGAGGUGCUGGUUGUGGGAGGUCAGCGAGCCUUUUGAAAUGCAAUAGAAUACAAGCUUUAGUUGUUGAAGGAUGAUCCUUUUAUAGAGGCAUCUUUGUUUUAAAGCUUCCAAAAGCUUCUAGAUGUUUGUAAAUGUCAUUCUAUUGUGGAGGAAAAGGCAUUUGAAGUGCAUCAGCUGUUAGAAGAAAGCUCCCUUUGUGCAUACUCGAUUUUGUGUGGAGAACCAUGUCUUCCCUUUAGAACAUAUGGCGGUCAUCAGAUGUACAUGUAACAUAUAUCAGGGCGGAGACAGGGAUCAAGGUCUUUGCAAUCUCAAUCGUAAGUGCUUUUAGUGGCAAUAUCUUAUGGCUGGCUGAUUUAUUUUCUUAGUUUUUGCAUUCGAUGUACCAAAAACUUAAAAAAAAAAUUCCACUAAUAGAAAGUUUCUCAUUGUCUCUCCUCAAGGAGAUGGCAAGUGAAGAAAUUAUAUAUUAUCUGUUCGC